AUGGAAUCUCAAGAACAAUUUUCUCAAGAGAGUUCUAGGCAUAGACAUCGUCAUCGCCAUUAUCACAAGCACCGCAAACAUAUAAUUUCUGAAGAACCAGACCCAAUUUUAUUAGAAGUUACUGAAAAUGAACGAAAUGAAAUUAAUCAAGAAAAUUCUAAUGAAUCAAUUGAUAAAGAAGCAGAAGAAAGUCAAAUAAAUGAACAUCAAGAGCAAGAAAAUGACAAUCAACCAGAAGAACAAGCUCAAAAAAGGCAAGAAUCAGUUUUAAAUGAGCCAGCUAGACCAAUAAGAGUCUUCAGACCGGAUCCUAUCCAUAAAGAAAGAGAAAGCAAAGUACCAUUUUAUAGUAAAUUGCACUUUACAAGAGAAGAAGACCAAAUAAUUUUAGAUAACUAUGUUGGACGUAAUACUGACUGGAGUCAUAUCGCUUCCUUGUUAUCUAAGCGAUCAGCCAAAAACUGUAAAGAUAGGUAUUUUCAAUACCUUGAUCCUUCAAUUAACAAUGAUCCAUGGACUGAACAAGAAAAGAUUAAAUUACAUGAAUUAGUCAAGAGAUUCGGAACAGACUGGAGAGUUAUACAAAAGUUUUUUGUAGGAAAAACAAUUACUAACUUGAAAAACACUUUUACUUCAUACUGCAAGAGAAAAGAUAUUGAUAAAACAGAAUAUCUACAAAAAGCCGAGCGUAGGAGAAUACAAAGGCGAAAUAAAGAAUUACCAAGAUUAACUGAUGAAGAAAUUGUUGCUCUUUCAAGAGAACUAGCUCCUAUUGUUGAACAGGAGUUCCAAAAUUUGUUUAAAGAUUUGUAA